UUAUAAGUUGAGCUUUUUCCCCCAGCCCGCUGGAAGCGGCGAGCGGGCGCGGCGGGCUGGUGGCGGCAGCGGAGGCAGCGCUAGCAGCAGCGGGGGGAGGCAGCGCGCUGGAGGCUGCGAGCUGGAGGCUGCGCCUUACCCACACCGCGACUCCUUCCACUUGCCUGCCGCCGCCCCUGCCGCUUCCCCCCUCGCUCGCCGAAGAUGUCCACAGCCCUGGUGUCGCCCACCAUCUUCGACCUGAGCGAAGUUUUAUGCAAGAGCAACAAGAUGCUGAAUUACAGCCCCUCGGGUGUCAGCGGGUGCCUGCUGGACAGGAAGGCGGUGGGCACCCCGGCCGGCGGGGGUUUCCCUAGGAGGCACUCUGUCACCCUGCCCAACUCCAAGUUCCACCAGAACCAGCUCCUCAGCAGCCUGAAAGGGGAGCCCGCGCCCAUGCUGGGCCCCCGGGAAAGCCGCUUUCGGGACCGCUCCUUCUCAGAGGGUGGCGAGCGCCUGCUGCAGCAGAAGCAGCCCGGGGGCCAGGUCAACUCCAGCCGCUACAAGACGGAGCUGUGCCGCCCCUUCGAGGAGAACGGCGCCUGCAAGUACGGCGACAAGUGCCAGUUCGCCCACGGCAUCCACGAGCUGCGCAGCCUCACCCGCCACCCCAAGUACAAGACCGAGCUCUGCCGCACCUUCCACACCAUCGGCUUCUGCCCUUACGGGCCGCGCUGCCACUUCAUCCACAACGCCGAGGAGCGCCGCGCCGUGGCGGGCGGCCGGGAGCCCGCCGUCACUGACAGACCCCGCCUUCAGCACAGCUUCAGCUUCGCCGGCUUCCCAGCUGCUGCCAGCGGGCUGCUGGACAGCCCCACUUCCAUCACCCCGCCACCCAUGCUGAGCGCCGACGACCUGCUGGGCUCCCCCACCCUGCCUGACUGCGCCAGCAACCCCUUCACCUUCUCCAGCCAGGAGCUGGUCAGUCUCUUCGCCCCCAGCAUGGGGGUGCAGGUGCCCAGCGGGAGCUCCCCCACCACGUUCUUGUUCAGGCCCAUGUCCGAGUCCCCCAACUUGUUUGACUCGCCGCCCAGUCCUCAGGACUCCCUCUCUGACCAGGAGGGCUAUCUGAGCAGCUCCAGCAGCAGCCACAGCGGCUCAGAUUCCCCUAUCCUGGACACCUCAAGACGUCUUCCCAUCUUCAGCAGACUCUCCAUCUCCGAUGACUAAUCUGGGGUUUCCUCUUGCUCCCCCCCACCUCUAUUACGAUGUUAAGCUGAACUCCCCCCACCCCAUAGUUGGAGCUGGAUGUUAACGUGUCCACCUGCCUGUCGUAGACCCACUGGCUUAAACCUUAAGUGCCAAAUUUACGAUGAAAAGCAAUAACGUUUACAAAAUUAGUGCCUUUUAAUGCUUUCACUGUGACUGUAUUACCUCUCCAGCUGCAGAGGGCACCAGCAGCUCUGUGCACUUCCAGAUGUGCAGGAAAUUACCGGAUCCAGCUCCCUCCACUGGCUGCAUACUGCAUCGCCCUCUCCAGUCCCUUCCCGACUGGCCAGCUCCCGCUAGGCUGCAGGCACGUGGGCAGGUGUUAACAUCCAGCGUGCUCUCCCCCCUUACAGACUCAUCUUGCCUGGAUCCACUCAGGUCUGCGGGAAGACAAGCUGAGAACAGACAAAGAUUGUAACACGAGUGGGACUUUGGGAGGAAAACGAGCAAAUGGAAAAAAAAACAAAAAAAAAAGAGAUGGGACUAUGAGAGACUCGAUUUUGGUGCUAAAAGUUUCCCCGUGUAUUCAUGUGACAUCUUAAAAACAAAUAAAGAAAUAGAGGGGGUGGGGGCUGACGGAAGUCAUUCCACACACACAAGUUUGUGUAAACAAAGUUCCAGUAGACAUAGCUUUAAUGGUUUUUGCUCUAGAGUACUUUAGACCUAUCUUAGAGCACUCACGCCAAGCUUUUUAUUAUUUUUUUUCUGGGUUUUAAUUUUGUAUAACUUCAGAAAUUGGAGAGCAAAUUUUGCUUGUCACUGCACAACAAUAUAAAAAAAGCUUAUUUAACUUAUCAAAACGUAUUUAUUGCCGAAACCUAUGCUUUUUUUGUUAAUUUUGUUCAUAUUUAUCGGGAUGAUGAAUCCAUAGAAUAUAUUCUUUUAUGUUUAAAUUAUGAUCUUCCAUAUUAAUCUUAAGAUUGUGAAGUGUCUUUUUUCCUUUUUUUUUUUUCCCCACAGUUUAAUAUAUUAUACUACAAUGACAUUUUUUUGUAACUUUACACUUUUUUGGUUAUUUUAUUUUAAAAAAUGAAAAAUUAAUUUAAAAAAAAAUGCAAAAACUGUGUUUGGAUUAUUUAUUUUAGAAUUCCCUUCCCCCCCCUUUUUUUUGUGUUGGACUGCAAAUUGAGUUAAUGUGCUUCUUUGCCUUUCCUCUUCUCUUCCCCUCCCCUGGGUCUUGCCUAUGUGGGCUUUAGAAUGUACAUACCUGAGCUCUGUUGCGAGACAGCGUGGGAGGAAGACCUUUUUCUUCCUCUUUCUGUAUAGUUUCUUCAAGGAGAAAAGCCUUGGGCUCAAAGUGCCUAUCUGAAGACAUUCCAAAUACAGUUUGUCUUUGCGUUUCUGUAUUCCAAGUUUGGAGUUUUCCUUGCCGAGGUAAACGGGACUGGCACAAAGAGAAUAAUGAAUGUAAUUUUUUUUUCCCCUGUUACUGUUCACUACAUUGCUUUUUUCUUCCUCUUUGUGUGAGUUUAUUUAAAAGAGAAUCUCUUUUGUAACGACUGUUUGCAGUUUAAAUCAAUAAACCCCAAGUUUUUUCAAGAAACUGACAGUGAAGCUGGUUUUACUUGCAAAAAUCGAGGCGCUGGUUUUAGAGAACCGCUCAAAUGCAGCUACUUCUCUCCUUUUGACCCCUGCGAUGCCCACCACAUGCUCAGGCACCCUUCCUUCAUGCCUCACUGAUGGAGCUAGUCAGCCCCAUCAAGCACACGGGUGUGCAGAUCAAUAUCAGUGAGCACCUGGUGUGGUUUAUCCCAUGGCCUCUAGCCCUCUCUGUCUCUUAGGGAGUCCUCCUCCCAUCCUAAGCUGCUCAGUCUGUUCCUGCAAACUUCUUUCUGGUUGGUGUAGCUCAAACUUUGGACUGGCUUUUGUUCCUGCUGUGAGGAGCAGACCCUUUCCCCUGGAGGACAGCCUGCACUGUCCUAUGAGAGGUUCUAGGGGGUUGAUGGAGUGUGGAUUUACCAAACAUCAGGCCCAGCUUGUUAGUGGUAUUGGGCCUUUGUGGCAGAGUGGCUGUCUGGCAUUUUGCAAGGGAGAAGAAUGUGGGCCUCCAGCAAAGUCUCAGUGUGUGUAUAAGUGAUCCUGCUAUGGCAUUCAGACCCCCAUAGCCGUUGGAACAUCAGUCACCAAUCCCAGAAACAUCCCAGAAAACAAUUCCUGAAACCUGUGUUUUUACUUAGGGAUGCUUCUUUGCCAGUGCUGCUCAUGGUGCAGUUCUUGUUGUCUUCACCUUUGAGCUCUCCUCUGGAGAAAGCUUGGUGCUCUUCAUCUGAAGCUGUUCCAGCUCUCUUCCAAAUCAGGGGUGGAAUAUUGCUGCUGAACCACGGCUUGUUCAGUUGUCUUGACAUGCCUCAACGUUAAGGAGAGACGUUUCCUAAUUCAAGUUGGAAAAGUUCCUGCAAAACAAAAGCUGCAGGAUACCUCAAGGCUUACACCGGCAUACCUUCCCUGCUGCUGGCUUUGUGCAACACUCUUUCUUGUGUGGUCUGGCAAUAAAGGCGAGCUAGGUGGAGGAAAGAUGGUAGAAGAAGAGCGUGGCUGGUAGGAGCUGGUUCCCAUGAGCAGUACAACAGCUGCACGGGGAGUUUUCUUGGCAGAUGCUGACGUAACUAGCGCACAGCAUGCAAGAGAAGAGCCUUGGGCACAGCCCCGGUGCUGCUCAGCGGCCUUCAUAUACCUCCUGUGAGUGAAGGCAGCGAGGCCCCACAUGAGAGAUGUGCUCCUGCCUGGAAGAUCCGUGCCCAGCUGCAGCAAGUGCCCGGGCCCUGCCUCCUUCCCAGCUGCUGGGAGCAGAGCUGUUGGCCCCCGAUGAGCCAGGCAUAUCUGAUCUGGAGAGGAUCCCACGCCUGUCAUAGCUGUGCAUGUGGGGCUUGAAACUGUUCGCUUCCUCUUUGGACUUUCUGCGCAGCUCUUCAAACAAAUAGUCUUUGCCCAGUUAAUAAUUGAUGAAGAAAAUAGCUGUAUUCAUCGCAGGGUGCUAUUGGUAAGACAAGCACCUGGGAAGCUGUGCUGAAAGUAGGUCUUCACUCAUGGUACUCGUAUACUUCCCUUGUCUUUCUAGGGCACUGGUUCUGGGAUGCCAGCACUGCUUUUCUUCUAUGAGCUUAUCAAUGAUAAAUGCUCUGUCACUUGGUGUUUUGCUUUUUGAAACUAACCUUGAGCUAGGCCACAUAGGGAACAGAGAAGAGCUGAGCAGGCAGUAUCAGAAGUUUACUUUCUGUAAUAGUUUAGAAGAGAGAGUGCACACAUGAGAGCCUCUAGCAACGUGGGGAUUUGCCUGAUCAUUGGCAUUCAUUGUGGCUCGGAUAUAUGGCAGCAGCUAGUCCGGAUGUGCUGUGGAUGAGUUGUCGGUGCUAUUUCUCAUAAGGUUAGCAUCUGUUUCCCCUAGCAGUUGGCCGUGUGUUGGUAAUACCCUAGCCAAAGCUCAGAAGAGUAAAUAGCCUUUCCUGAAAGGGUGGUUUCGAGGGGCACAUUCCUCUGACUUGAGGGCUCAUCCAUGCUCUGGCUCAUUCAUUUAUUGCACGGGACUCUCACAGUGGCCAGGAUGAAGGGGCUGGCCCCUGUGCGGGCACAGUUGCUCCUGAAGUGCCUGGUGUCCCAGGGCAGAGAGAAGCACCCGUGAGGAUGAGAUACGUGUUAUCCCACAUGAGGUGGCACGGCAGUGGGUGCCUUGGUGUACUUUUCAGGUUGCACUUACAGCUCUUACUACAGGACAGGGGCACUCCUGCAGUGCUCUGUCUGGCUGUUCCUCAUGUGCUUCAUGGAUGCUCCCUGUGUCCUCCUGGUGAGAAAUUUGGGUCCAUGCCUUCAGGCUGCAGGCAUUAGCUAUUACUUAAUUUUUGGCCCUGGAGUCAGGUGACUCUAGAGCUAUCCACCUUCAACACGUCUGGCUGUCUUUGGAAAUUACAGUCAGCACGUACGGCUGCCAUUGCCAGCUGCCUCUGUCAGGAGGAACACGGUGACUUUGAUCUGCAGAGCUCCAGGUGGCUCAGAUCCCACUCCAGUAGCUGCCUCCCUCCUUCCUAAUUCCUACACAGCUGAAGGUGUCCCAGUGACUGUACCAGCUACUCCCUUGCUAUGGGCCAGUUGUGGCUUUUGUACCAAAACAUCUUUAGUUUUGCAGUUGGGGGCUGCGGAAACAGAGGCCUUCUUAUUUCCCAAAUGCCUCUGUAGCUGAGGGGUGCAAAGUAAAAUAGGCUUACUUUGUUGUUGUUUUUGAAGGUAAUUGGGAACAUUACAGUCUAGUUUAGGCCAACCCUUACUUCAAGCCACUUAUAGAUAGGUUUGUGGUGUGCCAGGGUUGCAAGUAACAGUAAAAUACUAUUUUAAAAAAGCCUGAAAUGCUCAAAGUUCCUGGUCCUGACAGAAUUUGCCCUAUUGGCAUAAUAGUGAAAUUGAGAAGGGAGGCAGAGAGGCAAGAGCUAGCAGAGAAGCUGAGAAGAGUAGAAACACACCUGGAAGACUGUUAAAAGCUGGCCUGAACUUCCAGUCUGUAUGGCUCCUGCACAAGGAGGGUAUGGUCUGAAAAUGGGCCUGGGAGCUGCUGUUGUGAACCACAUAGGGAAAGCCAGGGUGUACCAGGCAAAGAUGUGGUGGUGGGACAGGAAUCGAGGGGGUCACGGUUGGAGAUGGGGAGCAGGGGAAGAGCUAGAGGUCAAGUCCACACAACAUGGGGUUGGAAGGGUGAGAGAAGCCGUAUUGCCUUGAGUCUGAAGGCUUAGCUACUGGUGGUUGGAUGCAUGAACACGAAUGAACUGGAUCUCUCCAGUGGGCCUCAGAAACAGCAGUGCUGGGGGGAAGGCCUGGAUAACGUUGCUGGCUGGAUGCUAUCUGAUGAGCAUGCCCAAGGAUAUGAAUGAGCAGUAAGAUGCAGUAAUACAUGUGAAAACCACAGUGUGCCCUUUACACUUGCUAAUUGCUACAAUUUGUGUGGCCUGAGCUGGGGAAAUCCGGCCUGUGCUCGCGUCUGGAGCAAGAGGCUUUGGGAGGCCGUGAAGGAAGGAGGUGCAGCGGCCAGCGUAUGCCCAGACAUGGCUCCAGCAUGGUCCUGGGACCAGGAAUGCCAGGAAGGACCUUGAGACUUGCUCGGCAGGGACUCUGUAAGUGUCUUCUGGGAACAUGCGGAACAGCCCGCUGUGCUUGGGGCUGCGCUCAGCCCAAAAUGUUAGAAGAUGAUUCUGGCAGGUGAUGUAAAAUGUCCUUUGUCUAGAGACUCUGGCCCAUGAAGCAAUGCCUGUUCCUCACAAAGCUUGCACUUAUUCCCUAGAAUAC